AUGGAGGAGGAUGGGAUGGAUGUUGAGAUCAUAGAGCAUCACCCCGAGAUUCUUGGAAGCCGUGAGAGCCUGUAUAGAAGGAAGCAGCGGCUCAGGGAUGUCGAGGAGAGGGACCUGUCAUACUUCGACUUCAUAGGACAGAAUGAGUGCAGGAAGGUGGUUGUAGGGCUGUUUGGGUUCAAGGGGGCAGGAAAGACUGCCCUAGGCAAGGUGCUAGGAGGCAGGAGUGUCAUCAGAGGAACAAAAGCAUGCUUUCCCACGGAGACACCCUAUGAAGCGGAGAGAGGAUGUACAGUCCACGUCCAUCCAACCACUGUUUUCCUGUCGGGAGAAAAUGGAAUUUCGCGCAUAAUGACGCUUCUAGACACUUCCGGGCACAUGGACCUGAUGUCCGAGACCAUCAGGGUGUUGGGGCAGAUCGACGUUGCUGUUCUAGUUUUUGAUGUCCGUGACGACCUGUCUCUUCAGUAUGAACUAAUUCUCGACGCCAUUGGGGAGAAUAGUAAGCCGUUGGUUGUGGUGUUCAAUAAGAUGGACCUUGUUGAAGAGGAGUUUGGGGAUCUUGUUGCUCGGAGACUGGGACAUCUCCGGGGCAUUAUCGGGGCAAGGGUGCAUCCAAGGGAAUGGUUUGUUGGCUCUGUAAAGGAUGCAAGAAUCAGCAGGAUGGGAGAGCAGGCUACUGGAUUGGCAGAGGACUCCGAGGAUGGGCUCGACGGCCUCAUAGAAGAGAUAUUUUGGCAAGUUCCGGUGGAGCAUAUCUGUGACUGCAAGGCAGAAUGCCUAGUGGGCUUUUUGUGUGUGGAAGGGAUGGUGUUAUGUAAUAUGGUGCCAAGAGACGACAUCAGCACAGGCUCAGUUGUCACUGUGCAGAAUGUUGACUUGGUUGUUGAGAAGCUCUACCUUCCAUUUCCGGGAUGUCUUGUAGAGAGCAAGACUGUCAGAAGCAAUGUGGGGGUACUGGUGAAGGCUCUGGAGGACCCACUACGAAGAGUUGUACUUUCCAGCAGUCAAGAGUCUCUGAUGUCGAUGGCCAGGAAGGUUUUGGAGAGAAAGACAGUUGUGUACACCAAUCCAGGAUUUCUCGAGAUUCCAGGCCCUGUUGUCAGGGUCCGGGUGAAUCCUGCUGACAAGGAAGGCUUUCUUGGAGAAGCCUGGAAGUUAGAGCUGGUGUAUCGAGACCUAGAGAUUGCUGGAGAGUGUUUGAGCGGAAAUGGAGAGCUUUUUAUGGAUGCUGUGCUAUACGAUCUACGAAACAGCCUGGGCGUCAGGUUUGAGGUUCUAAGUGUUUCUUCAAAUCUCAAGGAAGUGUUCGGAGGCUCGUUCAGAGAGGAGGCGGAGUCUCUUGUGAUUGAAGGAGGACAGGCCACAGGUGCAAAAUGUUGGUGCCCUGGUGAAAUAGAGAGGCGGAUACUGGAAGCCGGGCCACUGCUUGGAGAGCCUGUUGUCCACUCGUAUCUGAAGGUAUCCUCCAGGUCUGGAGAUGUGGGUCUGGAGUGUCUCAGAAAGGUGGGAAACUCUGUGGCCAAGCACACUGCGGUUCUGGAGCCACUCUACCUGGUUGAAAUAACACAUGCCAAAGAUGCUGAGGAUCUCGUUUCCGAGGUGAUCAGUUCCUCUUUUGGGGAGGUGAUACACCAGAGCCGCUUUCCCUUCAGCACACUGGAAAGCACAUUAUGCUACCUUCCUGUUCCAGAAUCCUUUGGAUUUGAGACUGACCUCAGAGUAUACUCCUGCUCAACAGCCGACUGUGUGAAGAUGCCAUUGUAUUGGCGUCCUGUGAAUGACAGGAACAGAUCCUCUCGCCUGGCUAAGUUUAUUAGGGAGAUCAGAAGGCCACGGGACAGCUGA